CUGAUCUGCUGCUCUAUGAAUAUUAAUCUCUAUAAAUACUUGAAAUCAAAAGAAGAAAGUUCAAUAAAAGGAAAUAAAAAUACCAAAAAUCAAAGCUAUAAAAAUACAGACCACAAGCCACAAUCUAGCAACAAAACAAAACCAACAAAAGUUAUGACGUUAUCUAUCUUCUUGAUUUCUCUUCUCUCUCUUUCGCCGGUUGUAUUCUCCGAUGACGCAUCUUUCCAAAAACUUCCGGUGCCGGGAAAUAGGUCAGGCACUGAAGCUUUCGCCAUUGAUUCCACCGGAAAAGGUUUCUAUACCGGAGUAUCCGGUGGUAAAAUCCUCAGCUAUACUCCAGGGAAAGGUUAUAUCGAGUUUGCCUAUAUGACGAAAUCCUCGAAGUCGCAAUGGUGCGAUGGAGCCCUUGGAACUGCUAAUGCCGGAAAAUGCGGCCGGCCUGCGGGAUUAGCAUUCAACGACAUUACAAGAGAGCUCUACGUGGCCGAUGCUGUAUUGGGUCUUCACGUCGUCCAUGCUGUCUUCGGCAGUAUGGCCAAGAAGAUAGCCGACAGUGUUGACGGCAAACCGUUCGUGUUUCUCGAUGGUCUCGACGUUGAUAACACUACCGGCGUCGUCUAUUUCACUUCCUUCAGCUCAAAAUUUAGCGCUGGCGAUGUGUUGAAAGCAGUGGCAUCAAAAGACGCUACUGGAAAACUCUUCAAAUACGAUCCAGCAAAAAAGGUUGUGACUGUAUUGCUAGAAGGUCUAAGCGGCUCAGCUGGUUGUGCCGUCAGCUCAGAUGGUUCGUUCGUGCUGGUUGGUCAGUUCACCAAGAGUAACAUCAAGAGGUAUUGGAUCAAGGGACCUAAAGCUGGUUCUUCUGAAGACUUCACCAAUGCUGUCUCGAACCCUGACAAUAUCAAGAGAAUCGGUUCUACUGGAAAUUUUUGGGUUGCUUCCGUUGUGAGCACAGCCACAGGAAUAACAAAUCCGUCGGCAGUUAAAGUUAAUUCUGAUGGCAAAGUGCUUCAGACAAUUUCGCUUAAGGAUGAGUUUGGGGAUACUCUGGUCAGUGAGGUUAAUGAGUCCCAAGGAAAGCUUUAUAUUGGAACUUUAUUUGGUCCUUUUUCCGGAAUCCUUAAGCUUUAAAGUGAUUAUAUGUAUAAUAUUAAGAGAAUAAGGCAUUAAGAAGUUUAGUGAUUGUUUCAGAAUAAUAAACCUUUUUAGACAUGUAAAAUUAUUGUUUCUAAAUAAACCGGAUAUGUAAUGUUGAUCUUGUUCAAAUAGUCAAAUAUAUAUGAUUUUUGUUUAAA